UAAUUAUUUUAUAAAUUCAGCCAUUUUAUUUGAUAGUAAUAUACGUUAUGGCUGUGCGUGUGCAGUUCGAAAAUAAUAAUGAAAUUGGAGUAUUUUCCAAAUUAACAAAUUCUUACUGUCUAGUAGCAAUAGGUGGUUCCGAAAAUUUUUAUAGUGUCUUUGAAGGAGAAUUAGCUGACUCUGUACCAGUCAUUCACACAUCUAUAGCUGGUUGCCGAAUUAUAGGUCGCUUGUGCGUGGGUAACAAAAAUGGAUUACUUGUACCGAAUACUACUACAGACACCGAAUUACAGCAUAUUAAAAAUUCUAUUCCUGACAAUGUUAAGAUUCAUCGAAUUGAAGAAAGACUAUCAGCAUUAGGAAAUGUAAUUGCUUGUAACGACUAUGUGGCUUUGGUGCAUCCUGAUUUGGAUCGAGAAACCGAAGAAAUUUUAUCAGAUACUUUAAAUGUGGAAGUAUUUAAACAAACUAUUGCGAGUAAUGUUUUAAUAGGUUCUUAUUCUGUUUUAUCUAAUCAAGGUGGACUUGUACACCCUAAGACAUCAGUUCAAGAUCAAGAUGAACUAUCCUCUCUUUUACAAGUUCCAUUAGUGGCUGGUACAAUAAAUAGAGGCAGUGAUGUAAUUGCAGCCGGAAUGGUAGUCAAUGACUGGAUUUCCUUUUGCGGUAUGGACACCACCUCAACAGAACUAUCUGUUAUCGAAAGCGUCUUUAAAUUAAAUGAAAGUUCUUCAACUACAAUUAACUCAGUAAUACGAGCAUCGCUUAUUGAAAGUAUGUCAUAAGAUGAUGUAGUUGAAAAAAAUAAUAGAAGAUGAGUUGAUGCAAAAUAUAAUCAUCUUUAUCAAGAAGUAUGAAAUUGUCCAUUGCCAUUCACAAACAAAUAUUCGAAUCUAGAAAUUUGAA